AAAUUUCAAGAGUUUCUAGAAGACUCUAUUCAACAAAGCCAUGAAAUACGCAAAUACGUUUCGAACUUGCGAUUAGUUAUUAAAUGUUUUUCUGAACAGAAUGUUUCUGAUGAUAAUUUUCAAGAUUUAGAAUCUUUAUUAGAAGAUACUCAACGAAAUCUAAAAUCUUCUGAAAUUUUGAUGGGUAAAGCUAAUAUUGUUAAAAAUGAACUAGUAAAAAUUAGAUAUAAUCUUGAUGAGUAUAAAAGUGAUGUUCAAAGUAAUCCGAAAAAUAUCAAAUCGAAAACCAAGGAUGAGUUAAAUAAAAUAGAAGAUGAAAUCAGAAGUUCAAACCGUUGGAUCACUGCUGGUUCAGCUACUGUAGGGGGUGGAGCUGUGUUGACUGCGAUUUCUGUGGCCCUUGCUCCGUUUACUGCCGGUGCUAGUAUCGCUAUAGAAGCCGCAGUCGUUGGUAUUAUUGUGGGUGCCGCUAGUAUAGGUGGUGGAGCUGCUGCUGCUAUAAAAGAAGGAAUAUCCAAACAUAAAAAUUCCGCCAGAAGUGAAGAUGUCAAAGGCAAAUUAGAAGAAGAAAAGAGCGAAUUAAUAUCUAUCAUUGAGAGAAUGGAAAAUGAUCUUGAAUCAAUCGUCGCAACAAUUGGUAAACUUAUCGGAUAUUGGGAAGUUCAAAAAGAAACCAUUUCUGGUCUUUUAGAAAAAGUGAAUGCCGCAAGUAAUAGUGGAAGAUCUAGCAACAUGAUAAUUAGGGCUAUUGAUCAAUCUUCAAAAGAAUUGGAAUUAGAUGAACUUUAUGCCAAAGAUUUCUGUAUCACAAUCAGAGGUUUAUUGGCAAAUGAUCAGGCCAGAUUUAACAGU